CUCCUCCUCUCUUCUCCAGACUCCAACUACUCUUACUUCAAGGUCUUGGUUUGCAAGGAUAUUGAUGCGAAGCUGUCAGCCUUUUCAAGUAGACAAGACAUGGAAUGUCCCCAGAUGAGCUAAUUCAACUUUAUUGCAAGGCGACAUUAACCGAAUCUUGUUCUCUGAAAGGACAAAUCUCCCCGUCUCCUUUACAGAACAGCCUGAGAAGUCAAGGGUCCGUGCCUCUUUCUCCACCCAUUAUUCAACUGCAGAGGAAAACAUUGAAGAAACAGGAAGGCAGAGUUUGACUCAGCAUGGAAAAUGAAAGAGAAAUAGCAGAAGUCCAGAGCUGAGUAUCUCUUCACUUCAAGGAUGUGCCGUUGAGAACUUUUAUGAGCAAGCAGAUGGACUUUGGGCCAAGAAGACUUCUCCCUACGACUUUCUUUUUUGCCCCUUUACUCCCUUCUUCCAGAAGACUGCCUCUUCCUUUCCAUGGAUUCGGCCGGAUUUUGCACAAGGAAGACUAUCUGCCUUCGUUGAGCUUCCUCAUCCUCUUGAUCAAUCUCCGUUGGUUUUCAUUUUUUUUUUUUUUUUAAAAAAAGUCUUUCCCCUGAAUGGGCCGAAUCUGAAAAUGCCCAGGAAGGCUGGGGUCUUUUCACCGUCAUGUAUCAUGUUCUCCUUGGCGGUGCUUUUUGAGCUGAAUCUGAAAACCAGGAGCCUCAGUCCUUGUCUGGAGACAAUCCCAGGUCACUCCUACAGAUGCAUGGAGCUGAACCUUACUAGGAUCCCUUCCGGUAUCCCAAACAGCACCCAGAUCUUGGAUCUAAGUUUCAACCCGUUGAAAAUCCUGCACUCAAAUUAUUUCUCAGCAGUUUUGGCGCUGAGAUUUCUGGACCUCACUAGGUGUCAUCUCUGGAAGAUUGAAGACCAUGCCUUUGCUGGACUCACCAACCUCUCGGUCUUGAUCCUGACAGGCAAUCCUCUCCAGAUUUUGGGACCGAGGAUUUUUCACGAUUUACCCUCUUUGCAAAGAUUCCUUGCCGUAGAAACCAAUUUGUUCUCGUUGGCCAGCUUUCCCAUUGGACACUUGACUUCUCUCCAAGAGCUGAAUCUGAGCCACAACCGCAUCGACUCCUUGAAGCUCCCCGGAUAUUUCUCUGACCUAAUCUUUCUCCGGCAUCUCAACCUCCGAUUAAACAAUAUCUCCUCCAUCUCGGUAGGAGACCUGGAUGCUUUAGUGAGCCAGAACCUGACGUUGGUACUGUCUAGAAAUGAUAUAAAAUAUAUCGAAUGGAACGCCUUUGAGGGACUCCACCUUCAGGAAUUGGUUCUGAGGGGCUGCUUUGAGAAUGGCGUAAUUAUGCAAGCUAGCCUCCGGAAUAUGUCCGGUUCGCACGUCAACAGUUUAGUGUUAGGAGACUACCGAAACAUCCAUCGACUGGAAUCCAUUGACAAAAGCCUUGUAGAUGUCCUGUGUGACUUGCAUUUGCAGGAGCUCACUCUCAUUGAAGCAGACUCCAUGGAAACUGGAAGCACCCUCUCGCUUUGUCUCAACAAUAUUUCCAGAGUGCGGUUGGUCCAUACCUAUAUCGACGACACGUUUACGUUCCCAAAUGACUCCAACCUUUACCAACUUGAGUUUAAGAACUCUGCACUGAACAUGGUACCUGCGAAGAGUCUCUCUUCCUUAAAGAAACUAAAAGUGCUUCGCAUCACUCACAAUAAAAAUCUCAUAUACUUGAAGAAUUAUUUUGAAGGCCUCCCAAGCUUGGAGACCUUGGACCUCAGCGUUAACAGGCUGGUCACUCACCUAUCCUGGAUUAAACUCAUGAAGGGAGCUCCCAAUUUGAAGUACUUGAAUUUGAGCUUCAACACGGAAAUCAGGUUAAGCAUUGAAUGCAGUGGGCCAGCCAAGCUGGAAUAUUUGGAUUUUCAACACACCGCCCUCGCCUCACCCGGAACCGUUCCUUCGUUUUUCUGUCUCCACAAUCUUAUUUAUCUUGAUAUUUCCUACACAGACACCACGGUGAUUGCCGAGUGUUCGUUUUGUGGCUUGCACAAGCUGCGUGUGCUCAAAAUGGCAGGCAACCGAUUUGCCAACGAUCAGCUGGUUGACAACUUCCGGAACCUCACGGAGCUGCAUUUUUUAGACGUUUCCAAUUGCCAACUCCAACAUAUCUCUCUCAGCAGUUUAACCAACCUCCAUGAACUCCAACUGUUGAAUGUCAGCCAUAAUAAACUGCUAGGACUCCAUCCAGAGACCUAUGUACACACCCCUCUUCUCAACACCCUGGACUUUCACAACAACCAGCUGGUUGCAUUGACGGAAGAAGAUCUUAAGAACUUACCUGCUAGUCUGAAACACCUGGAUCUCUCUGAGAACCUUUUUGAUUGCUCUUGUGACCAUUUGGACUUCUUGCGGUGGACAAAAAACUCCUCAACUCUCCUUCAAAACAUCAACAACAUGGUCUGCUCUACCCCCAUGGACUUAAAAAAUGUCCCAGUGAUGGGUUUUGACUUGGCGCCCUGUGAGAUAAGCACUACUAUAGUAGCUGUUUCAGUGACCCUUGUUCUGGUUCUGAUCACAAUCUUGAUUCUGGUUUAUAAAUAUUAUUUCUACCUCUAUUAUACCAUGGUGUUGUUCCUUGGAAACAGAUCCUCAGAGGAGAAGGAAACUGUCUAUGAUGCGUUUGUGAUCUUCUCCAGUAGGGACCAGGAGUGGGUGAACCAAGAACUGCAGCGGCCUCUGGAAGAGGAAUUACCUUACUUCCGUCUCUGUCUUUUCUACCGGGACUUCAUCCCUGGAGUUUCCAUCAUCACCAACAUCAUCAAAGAAGGCUUCCAGAACAGCCAGAAAGUCAUCGCUGUUGUCUCAGACCACUUCUUGGAAAGCCGUUGGUGUAACUUCGAACUGGAGGUGGCUCAGUCUUGGCAACUGGUGGACAGCAAGGCCAGCCUCAUCUUAGUUGUCAUAGAAGGGGUGGACAAAGCAGCCCUGAAUCGCAAACUGGGCUUGUUCCGUUAUCUGCGGAGAAACACCUUCUUGACGUGGAAGGACCGGGACAUCAGCCGUCAUGUCUUCUUAAGGCAGUUGAGGUCAGCCUUGCUUGAAGGCAAAACAUGGACUGAAGAGGAACUUAGGCUAAUGUUGAAAAAGUAGGGAGAUGUCUACUUUUGCUGUGCAACUGAGCCAGUCAGUCUAGUUCAGGGGUGUCAAACUGCCGGCCCGUGAGCUGGACACAUCACAUGGAAGCCACGCCCACCCCAUUGCCGGCAAUGGCAAAACCGGCCCGAUACAUUGCGUGACGUCAUAUGAUAUCACAAGUUUGACAUGCCUGGUCUAGUUUAAGGAAGCCUUCAAGAAUAGGUGGUCUCACCUUUAGAGUUUCCUAAGCUACAGCCAGAUCCAGUUAUUUGGGGAGGUGUUUAUUUGGGAUACACCAGCACUUCUAUUCUUCUCUUCCCCCCACUUUUUUGUAUUGUGAUGAUGAUGAUGAUAUCAUUCAGUCAUGUCCAACUCUUGGUGAUUCCAUGGGCCAGGUGUCUCCACGUUUUCUGAUCUUGCACUGCUAUUUUGAGUUGUUCUAUGCUCUGGCUGGGAUCAACUUUGAUGGUGUACCGUAUAUGCUGGCGUAUAAGACGACUUCCGGAAGCGCUAAA